CGGGAUGAAGGACAAUUCUCUUGCAGCAAAACUUUUGAAGGCAAUGGAAAAACGGCUGAAAAAGUUGACUAGUACUGUUCAGUUUAAGGUUUCUCUCUACAUGGAUCCUCGAUAUAAUUAUAUCGGCUCGAAUCGAAUCUCUGUCAGCGAUAAAGAUGCCGCUCAGCGUUACCUACUGAAGCUGUGGAAUCGAUUGAACAACCUGGAAGGGCAUGCGAACUCUGAAGAAAAUGCUGAAGGCAGUGAUGCGAAAAACGACGUCCUUGAAUGUUAUUUGGAUACUUACUUCCAGAAAGACUCACCGUGUCCAGAAGCAGAAUCAGCACCGUCCGAAAAUGCUAAAAUUUAUCAACUUAUCAAAGAACUGGAAUUGCGCACCAAGGUUCCAAUUACAGCACCGCCCUACACCAAGUUGCAAAAUCCGAAUGAUUCAUCUUCGAAUCCAUCCGUGCUACCUACCGCCAAAAAGGAAUCUUUCGAUAUUUUGCGCUAUUGGAUGGCUGAGCAAGUCAGAAAUCCGCAAAUGUUUCGGCUGGCGAUGGUAGUAUACUCAGCACCGUCCACACAAGUUAGUGUGGAAAGGGGUUUCAGCGCACUUAAGCUGAUUCUGACUGAUCACCGUCAACGUUUGAGUGAUGAACGAAUUCAGGAACUAAUGGUUUUAAAGCUGAAUCCUGACUUGCUGGCUGAUAUUGCGAAGCAGCUUAAUGCAGAAAUGGACGAGUAAAUUUCUCUACGAACCUGUUUCCUGUCCUUUGAAGGAUACCACAAGUUGUGUGUAUCCAUAUGUAUAGUCAUGUAUUGAAUUUCCUUUGAAAAAUACAUCGAAAGAAAUGACAUCGUAUAGAAUGAAUUUAAAAAUAAAUCCCAAACUCAACUGAAACGGUGAACAGAGUAACAAAAAUCAAUCUUGAAUAUCAGUAAAUGAGAAUCGAAUAAAACAAUCUAUAGCACACACGCUUCUUAAUAUUCUUGACAAAACUUCCCCACACGGUCUGAACCCGCUCCUCAGCUUAGAUUUCUUUGAGCACAUCCAAAGCAGGAAUCCUAUACUCAGAGAAACAGAAGUCAAACUCCGCCCGCUUCUCAUCGAUUAAAUUUCCAACGGCUGAUUCAAAUUUUCGGUAGUCAGUCAGUUGAGCAGUCGUGGCGUUGGCAUCGUUUUUGCUCCUGUUUGACGUUUGCUCACUAGCGCCACCUAGUGAUGGCCCGGCCAUACGCUCUAUGGGGAGGGAGGGUACGGCCGAGCGUUAAGAUUCAUGUAACAAUUUUAGGUUUUUCAUACAAAAAAGCGAUACGAAGAGGGUAAAAAAUGCUGCCCGGCCUAGUAUCUCCGCCAGCAAUAGAUGAUUCGACAGCGACGCCAGCGGCAUUUGUCCUUCAUAGCUUAUUACCUCUAUUGUUUAACACUGAUGAAAACAUAGAUACGCGGACACCGCUGAGUGAAAUGUUUCAAGCGUGUGAGUAGUAAUUUUCAAGAGUGUGAUGACGUCAAUCGCUCCAUUCAUGUUGUUGACAUCGUGACAUCAUGCUCGUUUGGAUACAGAUCUUGACAGUUCGUUAGGAUAUUGUCUAUCCGGUUGGAAUCAAGACCGACAUUCAUUCAAAAAUUGCCAUUUUCUUGGUCCACAAGUGUCACAACUGUUUCGCAUCUAGUGCGCUGUGUUGCUGACAACAACGGGAAGGAUGCGCACUACUUUUGACAUGAUUAAAAAACGUCGCGAGUUGGGUCGCGUCGCGACUUGAUUGUGCGAAGUCCGGUUUGGUGGCGGCCCGACAAUACAU